AUGAUCUCCACCAUCCCCCCACCCCGGCCCGUGUCGGUCAAUUCCUUGGCCAGAACCUCGAUCCCAGGCGCUACGACAACCGGCCAAAAGACCAACCGCAUCACCAGUGCGGAAGUUUCAUGCCAUGACAACUCUCUGUCCUCAGUUUCAACCGUAACCCAGAAUCUGUCUUCGAUAUCUCCGGCAUCACCCGUAUCCGCAUCUACAAAUUUACAACCGCCACGUCGCGCAACAUCACCUUUUGCCAAUUUGCCAAUCGAAAUCCAUGAAGUAAUCCUUGAUCACCUCUUCGGCGAACGGGUUUCAGCGUUUAUCACCACGACGACGGGCAAAUCAUCGAGCCAGAGCUGGAACAAGGCCCUUCGUCACCCGCGGCGCAAAGCGCUGUCGAAUUUGGCCUUGAUCUCGCGUGUGUGGACGCCUCUGGUUCAAAGCCGUAUCUACCGACACAUCAAGGUCAAAGGGACCACGGAAGGAUUGGCAGAAUGCGCCGAGUGGUUCUCAGAGCACCCACAUCUCACCAACCAUGUCCGUCACAUCGAAGUUUGGAUUCCUGUCUGGGGGAGCCGAGCGAGUCGACCACCCCCACGCCAGCCUCGAGGACGACGGUUGGAUGCAACAGAUACCAGGAAUGUUGAUGCGAUUAUGGCGACGCUGUGGGCUCAUUCAGACCCCUCUCACGGCAACGACAUCCAUUAUCACUGUGCCACGCACAAUGCCACCUUAGACGAGAUCUUUCAACUCAUCCAGAUCUUCUUCUCGGCAGCUCGGGUGCUGACCCUUGAAGGAGGACAUUGCAAGAACCCACCGAUGGUCCAACACUUCCGGAACCACUCGAAUACCCUCGUCGGGCGACAGCGCCUCUCGGUCCUGCCGAACAUCCAGACUCUGGUGAUGCGAGGGUCUUGGAACCUGAUGCGAGACUCGGGACACUGGUACAAUUUGGCACGAGCGCUACCGGCACUGCGAGAGUGGCACUGUGGCUAUGCUCAGCCUCAGCCUGAAGUCUACUUCACCAUGUCCCAGAUCCUAGUGCGGCCGCCGCGCUCGGUACGUCACGUCAACUUGAGCCUGGAAGGAUUUUACAACAACAAGGACACUCUGAAAGGAUUGUUUGGCACACGAACGAUGCUUCCACCCAUCUGUCAGUUGUUGGGUGAGCUUGCACCGCGUUUGGAGUCCUUGGCCUUUACUGGCAAGAUCUGUGCCACGUUCUUCCAAGCGCUUCAAUACCAGAUUGCUAACUCGCCAACCCGGAUGCGCCUAAAAUCACUGGAUCUUGUAGUCAAGACCUGCUGCGCCGGCAAAGGCCUGCAAUCUGGCCAACUGCCAUUCACCUUGAGCUCAGAGCUGUCGGGCAUCACUAACAUGGGUUUCAUCUACGCGUUUGAGAAAAUGGUGAUUGGGGCUGUGCAGUGUCUGUCGGGGCUCCCUGCCCUGGAUUAUCUGCGCAUCCGCUUCAUCGACCUGGAUUCGCCAUGCCCGUUACUCAACCCAUACUUCCAACUCAUCGGCGAUCAGUGCGCGGGCUUGUGGAGCUAUCCUAUUCUUGACGCUCUGCGGAUCAACCGACCGGAGGCCCACUUUGUUGAGUUGGCCGAUGGCAUCUACCCACAGUAUGGGCCCAACCAGCAGAUCGUGGGCGCAGUGUACCCCCGUGCCCGACCCCGAAGUAUCCAGGCGUGCAUGUACAAGAUUAUCGCCGAUGCGUCCAAGUCUUAG